AUGCCCGGUAGUACAAUUGCUAAGCUGAUCUCUAUCAUAAUUCUAUGCCUUAUCAACACUGCAGUUUACCUCACGCUCUGGCGGAGCUAUAUCCGACCAAAAUGCAUUCUGCCCUACCAAGAUCCGAACUACCAAGCUGCUGAUCACAAUGUCUUCAAGCCAACAAACUUGAGAUUUCAGCUCUUGAUUUUUAUGCUUGGAUUCAUUGGUGCCCCGAUCUUUAUCCUUCUUGGUUGGCUUAAGGUCCCUGGUCCUCACUGCUUUCUAUUCCAGCUCUGCUUUUUGACAAACGCUGCUCUUUAUCCGUUGCUUCUCCUUCAGUGCAUGUGGUCAUAUCGUCUCUAUUAUCGAUUGCUAUACAUGCGAGGAAAUUUCUACUUGAAAGUGUCGGCCUUUCAAAUUUUCACCCUCGUUCCAUUUCUGCUCGCCUUUGGUUAUUUCAAUUACCAGUGGGUCUGGAUCAUUCAAGCCUCGCAACUCGCUUACAAUGGGAAGAACGACUCCACAACUGGUCAUUCGAAUGGAUUUUGCUUUGAGUACUUGGAUAACAAUGGAACGGAAACGACUCUUCAAUACGCGAUUCCGAUCAAAGGGUAUGUCUGGGGAUCACUUGGAGCAGAAGUCUUCAAUAUGCUUUUGAUCGUCAUUUUCACCAUCAAUUCGUACAAAGAAAUGAAAAAGAUCGGCUACGAUAUGGAUGCCUUGGACGGAAUCGGCGUCAUGGUGAAGCUGGUUACUGCGCAGAUUAUUCAUCUUAUAAAAUGGGCGGCACUGGCUGAUCCUCUCAUCCGGCUCAAGUGGAUUGAUGUAGUCCUUAUCUACUUAGUCUUCGUGCCUAUUGAUACGCAGAUGAUCUUCUUGCCGGAUUCAAAGUGGAGUCGGAUGGUCCGAAACUACGUUCGCCAAAAGUACGUGACACCUUUCAAAUUUAGGCUCUAUCUUCUUAAGCUGACCGCAUUUGCAAAUCAAGUGGACCUACCGAUGGCUCCGCCGAAUCCGUCCAAGGUCUCGACCGAAAAUGAGAAGACGGUCAAAGUAGAAACGCAGGGCAAAGAGGCAGCCAAAGGAUCAGCCCCGCCCAACCCCACCGAAGUGCGGGCCAGCAAGGCAAGCCGCGAGGUUGAGGUUCAAGGCGCACAAGGACAACGAGUUUGGGAUGAUGAUGAGUUGGCGAGUAAGGCGGUGAAGGUUUUCAAGGAAGAACUGGCUGAAAUGAACAGAAGUGGACUUCCGAAGAUUGAAGAUAUGGUUCGACCGAAAAUUAUUGAACCAACCGAGCUUAGAGUCGUAACCAAAAAUCCUUCCGACAAGGCUCCACUUGGUGCAAACUAUCGAAUCAACAACUCCGUCUACAAGGGAAACAAGGUCUUUUUGGUUUCACAGGAAGAUGGAUACUCGCUCAAAGUUUCUGAUAUGGAUGCUGGUGUAUUCGGUGCCUUCAAAGAAGCUUACACAACUAAAAUCUGCGAAAAUAAAUAUUUCCUAAAACUAUUCGGAAUCACCUACACACCGGAUAUGAAUCCUGUCUUCAUUUAUGGUGGUCGAGCAAAGGGCUCGUUGCUUGAUGUCUUGCGCAACAAACACCAGGAAGUCACAUACCGACUGGCUCUAAAAUGGCUCAACCAGCUACUGGACUGCGCUUAUCUUCUUGCCAAGGAAAACAUUGUCUAUCGAGAAUUCAUUUCUGCCAACAUCAUUAUCGACUCCAACGAAGACGUCCGAAUUGGGUCUAUUUAUGAUUAUCGAAAUAUCUCCGAUGAAGCAAAAAUUAAAAUGCAUGAUUUAACCAGGGAGGACGGUCUUGAAAUUAUGCGAUGCUUUGCUCCAGAAACGCUUCGGGACGAGACGAAAUUCACGAAAGAAAGUCUCAUGUGGCAAUUUGGCAUUUUAUACUGGGAAAUUCUAACUAGAGGCCACGUGCCAUAUGACCAACUUCAAGUCUCAGAGCUUGCUGUUAAUAUUGAGAAGGGUGUUCGUUGCAGACAGCCGUUAGAAUGCGAUUUGACACUGUAUAAGGUGAUGUUGGCUUGUUGGCAUCCGGAUCCAAUGCAGAGGCCGAUCUUGAAGCACAUCAUCGAUUUCAUGAAGCAAUAUGAGAUUGAAUUAACGACGCGAGAAGCCUCCAUGUUCAUCAAAAAAUACUCAAAUAAGCGAGCAUGCGAGAUCGUACAAUCGGUCGACGCAGCAAAACUUGGCCUCGAAUUGGGUUAUAUUGACCAGGAAUACUUUACAAACCUCAAGUGCCUGGCUCAAGAGAUCGCCGAUAAAUUCAAUAUUGAUAACGAAGAAACCCUGGGCUUUGAAAUGGAAAAGUACGACUGGCCGAACUGGGCGCUAGAAGUCAACAGUGAACGCGUGCACGUACCGAUCGACAUCAGAAAGAUGGAAGACCCCGCCAAGAUCCAGCCAUUGCCGAGGAUCUCGCACCAGAAGAAAUAUAACCUCAAAAUGCUAAUGAACCAGUGA